CUGGUCGCUAAGGGGCGUGGUCCCGGCUCCUGAUCCGAAGCUGAAGCCUGGGAUCGUUACUAGGGGGCGUGGCGGACGGGGGCUCCGGAAAGUUCCAGAGGGGCGGGGCGGGAGCAGCCUCCGCUGCGGCUGUGUCAGUGUCCGGCUGUCCCUCCCCCCAGAUCGGGCGCAGCAUCCCUGACAUGGCGUCUGCGCGGGAGGAGGGAGUGAUGCAGAGAUAACAUUUCUAGGCACCAUAAAUGACUGUCUAGAGGAGCAGCUACUCCUGGAACCCACAGGGAGAGAGACAAUUCUAGAUUUAGUCCUAAGUGAAGCACAGGAUCUGGUCCAAGAGCUAGAGAAAGAUUUGGAAGAGGUGAAAGAGCUCCUGAAAAAAGCCACAAGAAAAAGAACUCAUGAUGUCUUGAUGGCAGAAAAGUACAAGCUAGAGAUGGAAAUCAAGAACCAGCCACCACCCAAGCUAAAAGAAGACACUAUGGAGGAAGAGAAACCACCAGCUGGGGGAUACACAGUGAAAAUCAACAGUUAUGGUUGGGAUCAGUCGGAUAAGUUUGUGAAGAUUUACAUCACUUUAAAUGGAGUGCAGCAGCUUCCAGCUGAGAAUGUGCAGGUCCACUUUACAGAGAGGUCAUUUGAUCUGCUAGUGAAGAAUCUCAAUGGCAAGAAUUACUCCAUGACAUUCAAUAACCUUCUGAAACCCAUCUCUGUGGAAUGCAGCUCAAGGAAGAUCAAGACAGAUAUGAUCCUCGUAUUAUGUAGGAAGAAACGGGAGGAAAAAUGGGAUUGCCUGACUCAGGUGGAAAAAGAGAGCAAGGAGAAAGAGAAAGCCUCUUAUGACACCUCAGACCCUGGUGAGGGGCUGAUGAACCUUCUGAAAAAGAUGUAUGCAGAGGGAGAUGAUGAAAUGAAAAGAACCAUUAACAAGGCCUGGGUUGAAAGCAGAGAGAAACAAGGCAAAGGGGAUAUGCCAUUAGAUAUUUGAAACUACUCCAAAGGCUGCCUUGACAUGGACCUUCCAUAUGGGACUUUUGCUGUGCUGCAGAGAUCAGUUCUACAAGUGCAUUGUUUACACAACCUUCUUCCAAGCAAAGACACUUACCUGUUUUCCAUUUCAGGUUGGAGAAAAUAUUUAAAUAAAAUACACUUAUAAAGCAUUUCUUUCCAUCAAGUGGUUUCCUCUUCCCUGAGGAGUAGGAAAUAUUUGUAUCUCUUCCCUCCCCUUCCCCCUAAGAGCUUUUUAUUGUUCUGCUCAUCCGAAAUGUCUGUAAAGCUGAUAAUUAUGCAAACGUAAAAAGAAGAAAAAUCCUAAGCUAUUGUGUGCUAGUCAACGUGUCACUUGGCUGCCUUCGGCUAUUUGGUUCCUAGCCCUAAUGGGUUAACCCAGCUCAAGCGACUUUCUACAUGCAGGAAGCAGGAGAAACUAUCAAACAAACCUCAAAAGGACAGACAUGUCUAAAUUGCUGAAGCCAGCUUAAUUAUAGGUGUGGAAUCUGCAGCUUCGACUCUAGUUACUAGCUUACUGCGCUGGAAAGUAGCUCUUGCCUGCCAUUCUUUACAAAAGGGCAAUGGCAAGAACCCUGUAGAAAGCAUGCUGAGCAGAUACCUGUUGCUAGUCAAGAGACUUGCUUAAGUGCACCCAGGAAAAGCUGAAUGUGACAGGCUUACCCAGCAUCUGCCUGUGGCAGGCAAUCCACCCAUUUUUCCAACCACCUCCCCAAAAUGCAGGAGCCACAGCUGAGUAACAGCAGUGCAGUUAGUAGCCAUAGAAAGGAAAGAUGCAAGAACGUUUGGACUAGCACAAGGCAGAAGCGUAACUACUCUCGACCCUUUGUAAAGUUCUUGAUCAUUGACAGGAAGGUUCUGUACCAAACUAAUGAAUUACUAAGUUGCUAUAGGCAUGACCCCCUUUCUUUAAAAAAGGUGGUGCUGUCUACUAGAGUACAGUACAACUGUUGACUUCCUCCCACCCUACUUUGAGAUGGUUAGGAGCCUACAGGUCAACAGAACUAAGCCUUAGCCCCCAUGUUGGUUAAUGUGGAAUUCAUUGUAGCUUCCCGUAUUAGCAGCAGGAAGCUGCUCAACCAUUGCUGCUAUAAAAAAGGAGCCUCUGCAGGCUUGGCAACUGGCAGAAUAUGGGUAAAAGGUAGGAUUGAACACAUGCUCCUCCCAGCAAUGUGAGGGAUAGGGAAGGUAUCACAGAAUAGGAAGGGGGCAGGGAUCCUGUGCACAUCUCCUUGAAUGUGGGGGUGUUACCUGUCAGCUCUAUGUUCUUGGGGAACCAGGGCACAGUACCCAGUCUGUCUCACAAAUGACCUUCCCCACCCCACAGCCUAUGCUUGAACAAAAGCUGAUCAGAAGGACUUACAAAAA